GUGGUGCAGUGAAUUUAAUUUUAGUUUUAUUGCAGUAAAAUGAUUUAUAAUCUGUAUAUCUUUGAUAAAUACGGAACUUUGUUGUAUUACGGCGAGUGGAAUCGAUUGAAACAGUCGGGAAUCACUAAAGAUGAGGAAUCCAAACUGAUGUACGGUAUGCUGUUUUCGCUGAAAUCGUUCGUGAACAAGAUUUCGCCAAUCGAUCCGAAGGAAGGUUUCCUGUACUACAAAACAAACAAAUAUGCUCUACACUACGUGGAGGUCGCAUCCGGGCUUAAGUUUGUACUAAACACAGACACGACAUCCUCCGGCAUCAAGGACUUCCUAUUGCAGUUGUACAGCAAGAUUUGGGUGGAAUACGUAGUGCGUAACCCUCUUUGGACCCUCGGAACACCAGUCACAUCGGACCUGUUCAAAACCAAACUGGACGAGUUCGUGAAACAGUCACCACUGUUUGGACCGAAAAUGAUCUAGAUGUAAGCUAUAUUUCAACCAUCUUUUUUUUAUAAUAUAAUCUAACUAGUAGAACGU